AUGAACGUGGCUAACCAAGCCGAGCUCGAGGAAGAAGAGGCCAUCAGCGGAACAGGAGAAGGGGACGAAAUCAUGGAGGAAGUUGAGGAGCAAGAAGACGGUUACACUUCGUCAACCCCUACCUCCACACUGACUUGGAUCAGUUGGUUUUGCUCCCUGCCUGGACACGAGUAUUUCUGCGAAGUCACGGAAGAUUUCAUCGAGGAUGAUUUCAAUCUGACUGGGUUGAAUACAAUGGUGCCAUUUUGGAAAGAAGCUAUGGAAAUGGUGCUGGAUGUUGAGCCUGAUGAAGAUACUUCAAAAAUACCAGACGUGUCUAUCGUUGAAUCCUCGGCGGAGAUGCUAUACGGCCUAGUUCACCAGCGAUAUAUUUUAACGCGGGUCGGUCUCUCAGCCAUGGUAGACAAAUACGAAGCUGGAAUAUUCGGCUCUUGUCCGAGGGUAUACUGCAUGGGUACCAAUGUUGUUCCUUGCGGAAGGUCGGAUAUGCCCGGACUUGAUACUGUGAAACUGUUCUGUCCAAAUUGCAACGAUAUAUACGUUCCACCUAGCAGUCGAUUCCAAGGCGUUGACGGCGCGUUCUUCGGUACCACCUUUGCUCAUCUCUUCUUCCAAACAUACCGCGAACUGGCUCCUGCACCUUUUUGGAAAGCACCUCCAAGUUCAUCUAUGUCUAAUUCGCCACGUCUCAGCACAGGAUCUAUGGCACAUACAGCUUCCACCUUCGUGAAUCCUAACCCUCACGGAGGACAGAAACGUGCUGCGGGUUAUGUUUAUGUGCCCCGCAUAUACGGCUUCAAAGUUAGCGAACGGGCAAAGUGCGGGCCUCGAAUGCAAUGGUUGAGGCUUCGGCCUGAGAGUCCCGAUGAGUUGGAUAUGGUGGAUUGGAGAGGUAGAUGGUUAGAUGACGAAGAUGAUGAGUACGAUGAGGACGAUGAUGAAGAAGAAGAAGACAGACAAAUGGAGGAUUUUGAUCCUGAAGCUAACGAUGACGAUGACGAGGAGGAAGAGGAGGAGGAAGAGGAAGACGAGAGACCCUCAAAUCCUCUUCCAGCGGGCCGCCAACAUGCAGUGGCAAACACUACAUCUGCACGAACAACACCUACGUCCAAUGCGAACGCGCGCCCCCCAAACACCAACAUUAGCCUCCCCAAGAUGCACACGUCCAUCGGGAACGGAAAGCUACGCGUUAUCAGAUCGUGGUCACCAGCGGUGGGGUUGGCAGCGUGA